CCGUGGAUUUCAAGUUUAUUACCAUGGUCGGGCCACUCCACAGUUAUUUUGCUCCUUUGUUUACUUGUCUUGUCCGCGACGUUAUGACCUCUGGUCUGGUGAAGUUUAUUUUAUGUUACUGACCUGGCUUAGGCUUUUAUGAAAUAUACAGAUUUGCUUUUUUUAGGAAGUUACUGAAAUCAAGUAGCUACCGAUAAUUAUUCAGAUAAUAUGUGGCAAGUUAUGCACCGUUUACUAAUUCUUUUAAUUCUUUUUAGAAGGAUAAACUAAAAAUACACACGGAGUAUGUUUUUAUUGAAAUGCGCAAUGAAGUGAAAUCUGAUUUAUCACUUCUAGUGAGUAAGCCUUCACGUAUUUGUAUCGAUUAUCCUGAAAAUGGUAGCAAUGGCAAUGUGUCUCAUCCUGCAAAUGGUGUGUGCCACAAAACUAAAGCUUCCAAUAAUAAACAAGCACUUUACCAGCAUAGACCUUGUCAAAAUUUUUGCCACACUGCAAAAUUUGCUGGUGAUGAAGGGAGCAAGGUUAGUGAUAAUAUGAAAAAUAGAGUGAAAAAUAAACUUGUUCAAAUAAUACAGUCCAAAGCUGCAAAACUUAAUGUUCAUUGUGAAAGUACAUGCAGGGGAAAAAACCAUGUAUUAUUGGGCAAAGUUAAACGUGAGUCCAAUUAUGAAAUAAAUGGAACCAUUUUAUCAAUGGGCAAUGGUAAUACGUCCUCAGUCCCUACUACAACUGUAAAGGACUGUCAAUGCAAUAUUCAAGCCAAAGCUUCAGGUAAUCUUUCCAGGACUGAACACAACGAAAAUAUAUCUAAUAAUUUAACAGAUAAUAAUUUUGUGCAUAAUCGUAAACAUGUGAAACUAAAACAGAUUGAUGAAGAAAAUGCAAACCCAAAGAAUGCUUGUGAACAUGCUGGUAAAAAUGACAUACAAAACCCCAAUAGCAAGUACCCAAUUGGAUCAAAGUUUUAUAUUUUAGAAUCGGUAAGACGUUUAAGUAUUAUUCAAUUUUUUAUUGAAAAAAGGUUUACUGCUACAGAUCAAGAUAUUACAAACCUACUACUGGUUGAUGUAAAUGCCCCAAUUGAAAUCAAACACACAUCAAAUACUUUACAACUAAAGAAAAUGCGAAGCUCCCCAAAAUUCAGAAUAAAUAGUUCAGUUUCCUCUGAGGAAACUUGCCUUACUGAUACUGACUGUUAUUUCAAAUGUGAAUGGCAUGACUGUAAAGGACAAUUUUCAACAGUAGAGAAUGUAACAAAGCAUGUGAAGAAGGAUCAUGUCCAUCCUGCAGCCAAAAAUGAUGUGUUUGUAUGUCUAUGGCGAAACUGUCGAUUCUCAAAUCAGCCAUCAUGCUCUUAUAAAUGGUUGUUAAAGCAUGUUUUGCGUCAUUGUGAUAUGAAACCUUUUAAAUGUGUUAUAUUUGGCUGUGAUAUGGCCUUUGUUACACAGAAUGGUUUAGCAAGACAUGUGCCGACUCACUUUAAUGAAGGAAAGGUUCGACGAACUUGUGUUAUGACAAACACUAGUGAAGCAUCGCAACAUUGGGAGUCACCAAAGGUAAAGAAAAGUCUUGUUGCCAAAUUAAACAGCUGCACAAAUAUCACUGAAACUAAAGAAAAUGUCACAAUGGAAGCUGAUGCUAAGUCAAAAUUGCAGAAAUUUGUUGAAAAACAUAAGAAAAAGGGAAUAGCCAAACAUAAGGUGAACCAAAAAGUGUAUAAUCAAGUGAAACAAAAACUUGAAAAAGCAUCAUGUAGCCCAUUGAGAAAUCAUGGUUAUGUAGGGCAAUCUCUUCGUAUAGAACAUAAGGUGAUUGGCAGGAGAACGUCAAUCCAGGGCGAUUGUGAUAUGCUCUUGUCCCCUUCUCUUGAUAGAAUUAUCCAACAUAAGUCGUUUUGGUUUGAUGCUACCGCUUUUCGGAAACGCAAAUCCACGUCUGUGGACAUCGCAGUGACCCAACUGGAGAAUGAUACGAAGAAUAAUUUGUAUGAUAUUGAGCAUGCGUCUAAAAGAAGGAAAAGAAAACGGAAGUAAAUUUUAUAUGAUGUUAAUUUUUUUUAUCUUAUUGAUAGUAAUUUAUCAUAAUUAGCGUGAACAAAAUUUAAAAGAUUUAGUACCAAAUUCUAGUAGCUUUAUAAGUUGCUGUGUAGCGUCAUUGUUUGUAUAAAGGCUUUAAAAAUAACGUCAUUAUAAAACAUUAUUUAUUUAUAGGUUGUAAAUUUUGUAAACUAAAUUUUUGGUACUGUAGGCUUUAAAAAAUUCCAAAAUUUUUUUUGAAAUUAUACUGUUGGCCAUUUGUUCCAACUAAAUAUUUGUUCUUGCACAAAUAUUUGCAUGGUUCGGAUGACGAUAUUUUUUGGAUCGUCCUUUGUUUCGUGUACAUUAAAAAUUUAAGUAUAUUGUUACAUUUUGUGGUUAUCAGGACAAUUCCACCCUGGCAGAUACCCACGCGCUCUAUAAAACUUUCCCAGGAUCAGGGGGACAAUCAUACCGGCAUGGUAUUAUUCGUAUUAAUUUUUGGACAGCGAAAAAAAAUCUGUUGUGUGCGUAUUAAUUAUUGCGUAUGAUGUAUUUUUCACACGUUCAACUUUCGCCUCAAAUAACAAGGAUAAAUUAUUAAAAGUCAUGAUUUCAGACAAAACAUACAUAUUAAUUGCUACAAAUUAUAAAAAAAGAAGAAAAAAGAAUUUUGGGCGCUUGCUGAAUCUCAAAAAGCAGUAAAGUUUGUAAAGAGAAAAGAGAUCUAAAACCAUGGGGGGGGGGGGAAUUGUCGUUGAAUCAUUUUUACGUUAGGUCUAAUUUAUUCAUAUGUAGUUGUAGCUAACAAUUUUUUUCAAUUUUAGCAGUUCUAGUUGUCCUUCUUGUGCGAGAUAUUUCAAAGCACAACUUUUCAGGUUAGUAGCGAGCGACGGUGAAGCGGAAGGUGCCUUAAAGUAUAUGUUAUGUCACAGUGACGUACAAUAUUUUUUUUUCAGGAAGGUAAGUUUACAUGCCCUGAGAUGCAUUAUUUCAAGCAAAAUUUAAGGAUAAGAAAUUUCAAUGGAUAUUGUAAGAUGUAUCUAGUAUAUCGUUCGAAUGAAAACAAAAAGGAAACAAAGCUGUUUCAGGUUGUUUUCAGAGGGAUUAAACUUUAUUCUAUUAUUUCAGAGAUCUGAUCUUUGUAAUUUCUUUCCCUUUUAAUUUAUUUUUGAUGGGAUAAACAGUAGGAUGAAAUAAUUUUAAAAAGGAAGAGCGGUUUCUAAAGUAUAAAGAUCUGACACAAUGCCUUUGCGAAUCAGCGAAGUAAAAAACGUUCUUUUUAUAGUAAAUUAGGUUUUUAACUGCAUCCAUACAAGCUUUUAUCACUCCUCAUACACUGAAUAAAAUCGAGUUAUUUUUUUUGGCCCAAUAAUGAAUUCUAUGUACGUUCCGUUCUUCUCUGUAUUCUAGGUAAAAUAUUUAAUUUGGCGAAUUAAGAAUUUUUAUCGGUUGUAUAUAUGUUUGGUGUUUAUAUAUUUGAGAAGUAUAAUAUUUUCUCGUGGUAGAAAUGUGUUUUCUUCUGCUGCUGUGUUUAAAGUAAAUUUUCUGUCACUGCCAAAUGAAGUGGACCUACAUCACAUGUCACAUUCGCCUGUUUGAUACAAAAUUCAUAAAAAGGCCCUGGAAACGAGGUUUGAUGAAAUCAUAGUGUAGAAUUGUCUGUUAAGCCAUGUAUAUCCCGUGUUUAACUUUCUAUUUUGUUUUAUUAAAAUACCACCGCCUUUCCCUAAAAUUACCUUACUCUCAAAAAAGACCAUCGUCAGCGGUAUAUCAAAUAUGUGUUACAUCGGCAUAUUAUUUUGACACAGAUUUGACCAUUCUCGUCCCCAGAGCUUUUUCAGAUAAAACCUUUGAGAAUGGAAGAAUUGAUAACAAACAAAACAAAUUUUACCUAUAAGUUA